GAGCCAGAACGGGCUGGGCCCCUGAGGCAAGAUGGUGGACUACAGCGUGUGGGAUCACAUCGAAGUAUCGGACGAUGAAGACGAGACGCACCCCAACAUCGACACAGCCAGUCUCUUCCGCUGGCGACACCAGGCCCGGGUGGAGCGCAUGGAGCAGUUCCAAAAGGAGAAGGAGGACUUGGACCGGGGCUGCCGUGAGUGUAAGCGCAAGGUGGCUGAGUGUCAGAGGAAGCUGAAGGAGCUGGAGGUGGCCGAGGCCGUGGGCACCCAGGUGGAGCUAGAACGGUUGCAGACUGAGGUGCAGCAGCUGCGCAAGGAGGAAAGGAGCUGGGAGCAGAAGCUGGAGGAAAUGCGCAAGAAGGAGAAGAGCAUGCCCUGGAACGUGGACACACUCAGCAAGGACGGUUUCAGCAAGAGCAUGGUCAACACCAAGCCUGAGCAGGCGGAAGAGGACUCGGAGGAGGUGCGGGAGCAGAAACACAAAACCUUUGUGGAAAAGUACGAGAAACAAAUCAAGCACUUUGGCAUGCUCCACCGCUGGGACGAUAGCCAGAAGUACCUGUCAGACAAUGCCCACCUGGUGUGUGAGGAGACAGCCAACUACCUGGUCAUCUGGUGCAUUGACCUAGAGGUAGAGGAGAAGUGCGCGCUCAUGGGGCAGGUGGCCCACCAGACCAUCGUCAUGCAAUUCAUCCUGGAGCUGGCCAAGAGCCUGAAGGUGGACCCCCGCGCCUGCUUCCGGCAGUUCUUCACGAAGAUCAAGACAGCCGACCGCCAGUACAUGGAGGGCUUCAAUGAUGAGCUGGAGGCCUUCAAGGAGCGGGUGCGGGGCCGUGCCAAGCUGCGGAUCGAGAAGGCCAUGAAGGAGUAUGAGGAGGAGGAGCGCAAGAAGAGGCUUGGCCCUGGCGGCCUGGAUCCUGUCGAGGUCUACGAGUCCCUCCCUGAGGAGCUACAGAAAUGCUUUGAUGCAAAGGACGUGCAAAUGCUACAAGAUGCCAUCAGCAAGAUGGACCCCACCGAUGCAAAGUACCACAUGCAACGCUGCAUCGACUCUGGCCUCUGGGUCCCCAACUCCAAGUCCAGUGAAGCCAAGGAGAAGGAGGAGGCAGGGCCUGAGGACCCCUUGCUGGAAGCUGCCCCAAAACCAGACGAUGAGAAGGAUGUCAGUGCGUGACCUACGCUAGCCACUGCCCGCCUGCCUGCAGGCCCCCGCACUCCCCUUUUCAGAAAACAAAAAUAGACACCAGCUCCCCAGCUCCUGGCUUCCUCCAC